CGACGGACAGGCACGUACGGGAAGCAGACGCUUGGUCUCAUUACGGAAAUGUUUCGCCUAGUGUCUGGAGAGAGAGAGGGAGAGAGGCAUUCUAGUUUAGCUUAGCAGUCGUAGCAUCGAGUUCACGUUCAUACUAAAACUGUGUUUUAGUCGCAGAAAUGGUCUGAAAUCUGCUCAUGGAUUCGUUGCACCAUGUGAAAUGACAUUACUCGAAAUGCUUGCCGUUUUGCUGUGGGCUCAACUUUUCAGUCAAGUAUGGUCUGAACAUCUGCCACCACCACAAGAAGUCCACAUCGACUCAGUGUUGUUAACAUGGACUCCUGCUCCAGAUCAGAGAAAUGUCACAUACACGGUUGAGUCCCGCAGCUUCGACAGUUACAAGUAUGACGUAUCAGCCUGCGUGAGGACACAGCUCAACACCUGCGAUGUCACAUCUGUCAAGGCAGAAGCAAGGCAUGGCUGUGUGGAGCUGCGGGUUCGAGCAGAGAGAGAUGGCCUGACCUCUGAACCGCUUGAAGCCUGCAGCAGGCAGGGCCCUCUAGGUGAUUCCUGCAGCCCCAGUGUCCAGCUGAGCCCGCGGCCUGGGUCCCUGACUGUGAAUCUGAGCAGUAAUCACAGCCUGGUAGAAGAUUAUGCAGCCAAUGUUAAACAAAUUGUUUUCUAUGGCAAGGACGGGGAGUCACUACAGGAAUAUGAACGCUCCAUUUCAUCAGUGGUUAUCAGAGAUCUAGAGGAAGGGGUGCGCUACUGUGUCAAGGUGCAGUUUGCAGUCCACGAAAAAUUCAUGGGACCCCCAAGCUGUAGACUGUGUGAGGUCAUCCCUCAUUCAGAUUCAACAGAAACCAAGAUAGCAGCAGGUUUAGCAGGAGCGCUCAUCUUGGUAAUUGUGAUCGUGGCCUUUUCAUACAUCAUCAUCUUUGAGCGCGAGAGAAUCAAACGGUGGCUGCAGCCUCCAUACACAAUGCCACGGUGUAUCCUUCAGCCACUUCCGGAGCACCAUCCCAUCUCUGUCAGCAGUCCCAGUGAAGAGCGCUGUGAUGAGAUAACUUUCAUUUUCAGAGAGGAAGAGUCUCCCUCUUCCUCUCUGAGAGCGUGAUGGCAGCUCGUCUUCACCAGGUCUUCUUUGUGUCCUGUCCAUUUGCUGUUGUGGGGAUCGAAUUGGCGGAGACAAGCCUCCAGACUGUUCUACCCUGAAUCUGCUCCACAGCAAAGGGGUGCACCUUAAGGAUGUAAAGCACUUGCCAGACUGGUAGGGCUGUCAAGCUCCAUACAAUUUUAUGAGCCCCUAGUUACAUUUUCGCCCAUAGCGCUAGUGAAAUUUUCAAAUGUUAAUCACAGCAGUGCUUCAUUGUAGUUAGCUGCAAGGAAAAGAAAGGGAGAAAAGACUUCACUGCAGGUUUGCACAUGUGGUAUUUCAACCAAAUCCAAAAACGGUGGUCUUCUCUAGCCAUGCCAAAUAAGGAAAAGUGCCACAAAGCACUGGUCAAAAAUAAGAGGCUCAUGUGCACCUUUCAUGGAUGUGCAUAGUAGAUGUAAUCAUUAUGCCAAUAUCUCCAUUUGUAGGUGAGGCCAAAAAACUGAGGUAGUGCCUAUUUGCCCACAACACCAGCUUCCUUAAAUUAUUGUAACACCCUUGUUAAGUUUUUGUGAGUUUGGCAGUUCAGAAUGCCUGCUGUGAUUGAUGUACAGGGAUUAUCACAAGCGAGACAGACAGCCAAGUGAAGGGGUUUUCUAUCCUACAGUCUAAGUUCAGACCAGAGGAUGCACCAGUCAUAAAGGGGCUUGAGGGUGAAUGGGGGUGCCAAGGAUCAUUCCUAAAGCUACAGCACAGAAUUUGUGCUUUUAAAAAUUUUGUAUCAAGACUUCCUUUGUGUGUCUAGCUAACACUAGUUUCAGAGAAAAUUGCUUUAUGAAUUGUUUCCUUGAGCCAACAAUAAUGCUGUUUUUUAAUUCGUACUUUGUAAUAUGCACUUAUGUAAAUGAGGUUCUUUUUUGUAUUACUGUACUAACUACUCAGCAUGCUAGUUCAGUAAUAUGCACUGUUCUUAGAAGAAAAAAAACAAUCACAUUUGCUUUCUGUCAUUACUUCCUCUUUUGAAAAUGUUUCUUUGGAAUUACUGCGGCUUAGUGACACUCAUAGCAUUAACACAGAAAAAUACCUUUCCAAAGCACUGGCACAGACAGUGUCAUGCCUUUAAAAAAAAAAAAAAACAAAACAUGCCAAUGGUCCUGUUUGAAUACUCAAAAACAAAAUUGAUGUAUUAUUGUGACAACACUAGAAUGUA